AUGAGCAAUGAACAAUCAACCUCGCGUACCCGCCCAAACUAUGUGCCCUUAACCGAAGCUGAGCGCAACAAUGAAAACGCGCUUUGGGUGACGCCCCACAUGGUUGCGAACGAUCAAGAAGUGUUGGACCAAAUCAAAGUCAUAAUUGGAGGACACUUUCUUGGAAACUGGGCAGCAUACACAGAAGUAGACCCCAAGGUUCGUGAACUUUGGUGGAACCUUUUCAAGGGUCGGUUUCGAUGGACUGAAGCCCAAGGUCCAGCUAUUCUUAGAGCGUAUAACGCUAGGAUUUCAAAUUGGCUUCGUCCUACUUUUAGGCGUGCCCGAACGAGCGGGGUAAAGCCUGGAUGGUGUUCGGAUGAGGUGUGGGCUAACCUCGUCCGUCACUGGUCUUCUGAUCCAAACUUCUUGGCAAGAAGUCAAUCCGGUAAGAAAAACCGGAUGUCCGAGAAAGCCUUAGAAACCCAAUGGCAUGGGGGCCGCAAACCUCAGAGUAGACAUAAGGAAGAUCUU